UAUGGGCAGUGGCCGGCGGGCGAUACGAGCAGGCGCUACUGUCGCGACGACGGCUCCGACGACCUGCAGAUCGAUUCAUCCCCACUAAUAGCCGUAAUCACUUCGCACCGAGCCGCUAAACUGCGCGCGCGCAUCGUACUCCCGUUUCGCCGUUAUCGUCGUUUCGAGUGUGAUAAGAUCGUUACAUCACUGUGAUAAGAGUCGUCAAGGUUCAAUUUGUACCUGUGAUACGAUAUUCGCUGCAUUCGAUAUGCCCCGCGGCUAGUUGAAGUUAUUCGGUGCCGUGUUUUGUUUAUCGAAUGUGUCGUGAAUUAUGGACGGGAAGAGACUGAAGAUAACCGUGGUGGGAGACGGGAUGGUGGGCAAGACCUGCCUCCUGUAUGUGUACACGAAGAAAACAUUUCCCAAGGAGUAUGUGCCGACAGUGUUCGACAACUACACGGGCACCAUCGACGUGGACGGCGAGGUGCGGGAGAUGGCGCUGUGGGACACGGCGGGACAGGAGGACUAUGAGCGACUGCGGCCGCUGUCCUACACACACACAAAUUGCUUCGUAGUAUGCUACUCGGUGGCGAGCCGGCCGAGCUACGAGAACGUCACCAUCAAAUGGUACCCGGAGCUCAAACACUUCGCCACCAACGUACCAAUCGUCCUAGUCGCAACUAAAAUAGACUUACGGUCAUCACAAGAAGAUGUCGUGACGACACACGAGGGAAAACAAUUGAAAAAGAGGAUACGUGCUGCCCAGUUCGUGGAGUGCUCAGCGCUGGAGCGGACCAACGUGCACCAGGUGUUCGAGGAGGCCGUGCGAGCCGCGCUCAAGAAGAAGGCCGUCCCCAAACGCGCCUGCCAUUUCCUAUGACCGACUCGCCCCAGCCGCCCAAAAUGUCCAGUGCGAGAUUUUAGUCGCUACUCACUGUAAAGGCUUGUUUUCACUUUGAUCAGUGCAGGUGCGAGUGUUUAGUGUUUAGUAAUUAUUGAGCGUGCUUAGUGUUUUGUGCUCGUGGGAGUACCUGUCCAAUAUAUGUACAUAGUUUAGUUGCUGCGCAGCUAAAUUAAUUUAGUGUUGAUGCCACUAAACACAUGAAUGCUCUUAACACUUAACACUAAACAAACGUGUCCCAACGUGUUUAGUAGCAGAUAUUUAUUCCUCUAUGGUAGCAGGCACGCUGCGAGUGCAGGGGAAGGUGAGGCGCGCGGGACGGGGCUACUCGCAAAAAAAUUAGAACGCGAUUCUAUUCGCUUUGUUUAGUGCGAUUUGGCCGUUUACUAAUCACUCCCAAGUCGCACUAAUUAGUUGCUGUCCAGGGUCCACACGUGUUUUGUACUAAUCACUUAACACAAUUACUUAACACUCGCACCUACACUAAUCAAAGUGAAAACAAGCCUUUAAGCUUCGAGGGAAGAGACGCAAAACUUUGUAACACAAAAUUUCUAUAAAGUUUCGUGCCGUGUCUUAUGCUGGCUUCUCACGGCGCGUCGCGCCAGCUCGAGCCACGCGCCGUGUGAAAGGGGUGGCUCGAGGUGGCGCGGGUUGGGUCGAGCAGGCGCGUCCGCGUCGUGAGAACGGGUAGCACGGACCCGCUUGUUGGCUCGUGCUCGGUCGUAGAAAUCGGCUCUGCGCGGCGUGGCUCGUGAUAUUACGCGCCGUGAGAAGCCAGUUUUACAGUUUUGCCACUAGGGGCGCUGCUUUGACAUGUGAGGCAAAUAAACUCUUUAAUAAACUGCUUAAAUAGUGUCGUAAAUAAGGGAUAGUAUUUUACUUCAUGGCGAACAGUGAC